UACGACUUUUCUCCUCAUAUUCUUCUAGUUUUAAAAAUUAUUUUAAUUUAGUUAAAUUAAUUAAUUUUGUCCAAUAUGCCGAGAGUCCUAGACGAGCUUCAAUAUGAUAGUACAAGAGAAGAGAUAGAUAGAGCAACAUGAAAUUGAAACCCAAGUAAACGAAGCAAGAGCAUAUUACAUUGUACAGAGCACAUCUCAACCAAAUUCAUCUCCCAAUAAUUGUUAAUUGUUUUUUCUUUCUUCUCUGUCGUUCCGAUCUGUAGAUCUCACCGAUUCCAUUCGGAUCUCUCAACAAUUUCGCUCUGAUCGCUGCUUUUCUGCUUCGGAACAAUCGCAAUCUAAUCCAAGGUUUUUGAAGCUUCAAUACUGGACCCGAUCAUGAAUCCGUUCUCAUCAGGAACCCGUUUGAGAGACAUGAUUCGCUCUAUACGUGCUUGUAAAACGGCAGCUGAAGAACGUGCAGUUGUCAGAAAAGAAUGUGCAUCUAUCCGUGCUGCCAUUAGCGAAAAUGACUCAGAUUAUAGGCAUCGUAACAUGGCGAAGCUCAUGUUUAUUCACAUGCUUGGUUACCCAACACAUUUUGGGCAAAUGGAAUGCCUAAAGUUAAUUGCAUCUCCCGGAUUCCCCGAGAAAAGAAUAGGAUACCUGGGACUUAUGUUACUUCUUGAUGAAAGACAAGAAGUUCUUAUGCUGGUCACAAAUUCUUUAAAACAAGACCUGAACCACACAAAUCAGUACAUCGUGGGACUUGCUCUUUGUGCUCUUGGGAACAUAUGCUCUGCUGAAAUGGCUCGUGACCUUGCUCCUGAAGUAGAGAGAUUGCUUCAGUUUCGUGAUCCAAAUGUUCGCAAGAAAGCAGCUUUAUGCUCAAUUCGGAUUAUAAAGAAAGUCCCGGACUUGGCGGAGAAUUUUAUCAAUCCUGCUGCUUCUUUGCUGAAAGAAAAGCACCAUGGAGUCCUAAUAACCGGAGUACAACUUUGUACAGACUUGUGUAAAAUCAGUGAAGAUGCACUCGAGUACUUUAGAAAGAAAUGCACCGACUCUGUGGUGAGAGUUCUAAAGGACCUCGUGAACAGUCCUUAUGCUCCAGAGUAUGAUGUUGCUGGUAUUACGGAUCCUUUCCUCCACAUCAGACUACUGAGAUUUUUGCGUGUUUUAGGCCAUGGUGAUGCAGAUGCUAGCGACUGCAUGAAUGACUUACUUGCGCAGGUGGCAACAAAAACCGAGUCCAACAAGAAUGCAGGAAAUGCCAUUCUAUAUGAGUGUGUUGAAACUAUCAUGAGCAUUCAAGACAAUAGCGGUUUGCGUGUUCUGGCCAUUAAUAUUCUUGGAAGAUUUUUGUCAAACAGGGACAAUAAUAUUAGAUAUGUUGCUUUGAAUAUGCUGAUGAGGGCUAUAAGUUUUGACGCUCAAGCAGUUCAGAGGCAUCGAGCGACAAUCUUGGAAUGUGUCAAGGAUUCGGAUGCUUCAAUUAGGAAGAGGGCUCUUGAACUUGUAUAUCUUCUAGUGAAUGAGAGUAAUGUAAAGCCUUUAACAAAAGAGCUAAUUGACUAUUUGGAAGUUAGUGACCUCGAAUUCAAGGGGGAUCUUACAGACAAAAUCUGCUCCAUUGUUGAAAAGUUUUCACCUGAGAAGAUAUGGUACAUUGAUCAAAUGCUGAAGGUUCUUUGUGAGGCUGGAAAUUAUGUGAAGGAUGAAGUAUGGCAUGGCCUUGUCGUUGUCAUAAGUAACGCAUUGAAUCUCCAUGGCUACACGGUUAGGUCCCUGUACAGAGCUAUUCAAGCAUCAAAUGAGCAGGAAACUCUUGUCAAAGUGGCAGUUUGGUGCAUUGGUGAAUAUGGUGAUAUGUUGGUCAACAAUGUUGGGGUGCUAGAUAUUGAGGAUCCAAUAACAGUAACAGAGUCUGAUGCGGUGGAUAUGGUUGAGAUUGCUAUCAAGCGCCACAAUUCAGAUAUCACCACUCGUGCUAUGUGUUUGGUUUCUCUAUUGAAGUUUUCCUCUCGAUUUCCUGCUUGUUCGCAGAGGAUAAAAGAUAUAGUUGUGCAAUAUAAAGGAAGCCUUCUCCUUGAAUUGCAGCAGAGAGCACUGGAGUUCAAUUCUAUUAUUGAAAAGCAUCAAAACAUUAGGUCUACAUUAGUCGAACGGAUGCCUGUGUUGGAUGAGGCAACAUACAGUGGAAGAAGAUCUGGCUCUUUGCCGGCUACAGUUUCAAGCUCCAACGGGCCUUCUGUUAAUCUUCCAAAUGGUGUGUCAAAGCCUGCUGCUCCUCUUGUUGAUUUGCUUGAUCUUAGCUCGGAUGAUGUACCCGCACCUAGCUCAUCAGGUGGUGGUGAUUUUCUACAUGACCUCCUUGGUGUUGAUCUGUCACCAGUGCCAUCACAACCAGGUGCUAGUCAGAAUCAAAAAUCAGGAACGGAUGCCCUGUUAGAUCUCUUAUCAAUUGGGAGUCCCCCUACCACGAAUAGUGCAUCAACUCCAGACAUUUUGUGUUUGAGUUUAGAAAGCAAAAAUUCUGGAUCACCGCAGGAUCAAUUGUCAUCUGUUCUACCUUUGCCUGUGCAAGGGUCGUCUCCUAGUGGAGCUGCUCCUAUUGUUGAUUUAUUGGAUGUCUUGUCUUCGAAUCCACCAACAUCAGAGAUCAAUGGUCUGCAAUUCCCGUCCAUUGUGGCAUUUGAGAGCAGUUCUCUAAAACUGACUUUUGAGUUUUCGAAGUCUACUUUGAACUCGCAUCUGACGUCAAUCAAGGCUAUGUUUAUAAAUCUAUCAGCCGACAUCUAUACUGAUUUUCUAUUCCAGGCUGCUGUUCCCAAGUUUCUUCAGCUGCACCUUGAUCCAGCUAGCAGCACUACCCUUCCAGCCAGCGGUAAUGGCUCUAUAACUCAGAGUAUGCAAAUUACUAACAGCCAGCAUGGGAAGAAACACCUGGCUAUGCGUAUAAGAAUAGGCUACAAGGUAAACGGAAAAGAUGUUUUGGAGCAAGGGACAAUUAGUAAUUUCCCGCGUAACUUGUAGUGUUCAGUGUCCAUAUGCAAUUUUCAAGUGAGCUCCAUAGGUUCAAGCUACUCUUCAAGUGGAGUGACUCCGCAAUUGCGCCAUUCUGGGGCGAUAGUCUCUUUGAAUUCUUCAAAAUGAUUGCAAAGUAGCUCGCAGUAAUUGGAAUUUUCCUGUUGAGUUCGGGUUUCCAUGUGUUUUCAUUUUCGGUUUGUUCUACUCCGCUUUUUCCCUCUUUCAAUUUUAACUUUGUUUAGUGGUCCAUGUACAUUAUAUUUUGAUUCUCAUGUAUUUUGGAAAAAUAUGGAAAGAUGAAUUUUGGAAGGUGUUCAAAGUGAUGAUAAGAUAUAUCUAUGUUGUAUCAA